GAGGCGUGCUCGCCAGCGCCGCUGCCGCAGUUGAAGGCGCCGGCGUCGCCCACGGCUCCGCGGCUGGCCGCGUCCAAGUGCACCAAGCAGCUGCCCCCCACAUCGGAUGCGGUGAUGGAGGUGUGCAGGCUCAGGAGGGAAAUGGCGAUCCCGCACGACGACAUGCAGACGGCGUUCCGGCUCUUCAGGGCGCACGCCAUUGUGCCCCCUGGUGGCAGCCUCCUUGCCGACGGGCACCUGACGAAG